CGCCGCGGAGUUCCCGCAGUUCACCCGCUGCUGUGCAGCUGCCGUCGCCGCUUCGGCCCGGCACCCGCCACCCCGCCGGGAAGGAGACGGGACCAUUUCGGAUCUCAAGCAGACGGCCCUCUCCUAUCUAGUCGUGGCUUUACCAAAUCCUCCGAAGAGAGCGGGAUCUUUCGGUCCUUCCUGUAUUUCCGACCAUUACAGGAUCUAGAAAUGUCGACGACACUUUUAUCUGCCUUCUACGACAUUGACUUCUUGUGCAAGACGGAGAAGUCCCUGACCAACCUCAGCAGCAUGCUAGACAAGAAGGCCGUGGGGACCCCGGUGACCCCCCCCAGCUCCAGCUUCGCGCCGGGCUUCCUGCGGCGGCACUCGACCAGUAACCUGCCGGCGCUGGCCGGCGGCUCCAAGUUCCCCAGCCCCACCGGCUCCAGCUCUUCCUCCACCUCCUCUUCCUCCUCCUCUUCCUCCUCCUCGUCGUUUGGCAGCCUGAAGGAGACGGGCUCCGGCGGAGGCGGCGGCAGCAGCAGCCCCACGGCCCUGCUCAACAAGGAGAACAAGUUCCGGGACCGCUCCUUCAGCGAGAACGGCGAGCGCAGCCAACACCUCAUGCAGCAGCUCCAGCAGCAGCAGCAGGCGGCGGCCGGCAAGGGGGGCGGCUCCGGCGGCGGCGGCGGGGCCCCCAUCAACUCGACGCGUUACAAGACGGAGCUGUGCCGCCCCUUCGAGGAGAACGGCGCCUGCAAGUACGGCGAGAAGUGCCAGUUCGCCCACGGCUUCCACGAGCUGCGCAGCCUCGCCCGCCACCCCAAGUACAAGACCGAGCUCUGCCGCACCUUCCACACCAUCGGCUUCUGUCCCUACGGCCCGCGCUGCCACUUCAUCCACAACGCCGACGAGCGCCGCCCGGCGCCCGGCGGGGGCACGGCCGCCCCCCCCGCCUCCCCCGCCGCGGCGGGGCCGCACCACCACGCGCACCACCCGCCCCCGCACCCCGCCGGCAGCACCGGCGACCUCCGCGCCUUCGCCCCCCGCGACCACCAGCUGGGCGGCGGCUUCGGGCAUCCGCGCGGCGGUGAGCGGCCCAAGCUGCACCACAGCCUGAGCUUCUCCGGCUUCUCCGCCCACCACCAGCACCAUCACCAGCACCACCACCCGCACCCCCACAGCGCCGCCCCGCCGCCCCCGCCCGGCAGCCGCCUGGACGCCGCCCUGCUGGAGAGCCCCGGCGGGUCGCGCACGCCGCCGCCUCCCACCUCCACCUCCUACUGCGAGGAUCUGCUCUCGCCGCCCUGCGCCAACAACGCCUUCGCCUUCUCGGGGCAGGAGCUGGGGAGCCUCAUCGCCCCCCUCGCUCUCCACGGCCAGAACUUCGCCGCUGCCGCCGCCGCCGCCGCGGCCGCCGCCGCCUACUACCGCUGCCAGCAGCAGCCGGCGCCGCCGCCUCCCGGAGGGGGCUGCCCGCCGCCCCCCGCCUCGCCGCCCUUCAGCUUCCAGCCCCUCCGCCGCCUCUCCGAGUCGCCCGUCUUCGACGCGCCGCCCAGCCCCCCGGACUCCCUCUCCGACCGGGAGAGCUACCUGAGCGGCUCCCUCAGCUCCGGCUCCCUCAGCGGCUCCGAGUCUCCCAGCCUGGACUCGGGCCGCCGCCUCCCCAUCUUCAGCCGCCUCUCCAUCUCCGACGACUAAAGGGGUCGGCGCCCGGCCCCCCGCGGCUGCCGAGCAAGUAAGUUAACGAGCGAAGAAACCGAAUCCUCUCUUCUUUUUUUUUUUUUUUUUUUUUUUUUUUUUUUUUUUUUUUUUUUCCUCUUUUUUCUUUUUUUUUUUUUUUUUAAAUAUAUCUAUCUAUAUAUAUACACCGAGAGCUGAACAAAAGAAAAAAAACAAAAAAAGCAUUUUGCAAAAGGGCAAAUGACACGAACUGAACAAACCUAUUUUUAUAGAGAGACCUUGGAAGAAGGGGAUUUUUCUUUCGGGGUUGGUUUUUUUUUUUUUUUUUUGUUGUUGUUGUUGUUGUUCUUCGGAGACAAGUUAUGCACCAGCAGCAGCCAUUCCAUCUGUGUUAGAAAAAAAAAAAAAACAUUAGAAAAGACGCCACCAGAAAGCAACAAACAAUCCGGGGAGUGCGAGUCCUGCCUGUCCAUCUCCUCCAAACCUUCAGACACACACGAAAAAAGUUACAAACUAGUUUUUCUUUCAAUCCAGUUCAAAUAAAAACACAGAACAUACUAAACCUAUAAGCUUUUAUACGAAAAAAACCAAGAAAAAUCCAACAUCCUGCCAAGAAUAUGCCUUGAUAACAACCUUUUUUUAUAUAUCUAUAUAUUAUUAUUAUAACAAAUGCUAAAAUCUUCAUUCCAAAGUUUAAUAUUGGUUCCAUUGCCACCACUUAGUGGAUGUUUGGCUUAGAACAAUUUUUUGUUGUUGCUUUAUUUGGAAGCACUCAACUGAGUUUAGUUUGUAAUUGUUGGAGAAUAACUGCUGAUUUUUUUAAUUUUUUUUAGCUGUUUGAGUUGAUUGCAUGAAUGAGUCACUGCACACAACUCAAUAUGAAACUAUUUAACUUAUUUAUUAUCUUGUGAAAAGUAUACAUUUGGUAAUUUGUUCAUACUGUAUUUAUCGGGUAUGAUGAAAAGCAAUAGAUAUAUAUUCUUUUAUUAUGUUUAAAUUAUGAUUGCCAUUAUUAAUCGGCGAAAUGUGGAGUGUGUUCUUUUCACAGUAAUAUAUGCCUUUUUGUAACUUCACUUGGUUAUUUUAUUGUAAAUGAGUAAAAUUCUUAAUUUAAGAGAUUGUAUGUAAUAUUUAUUUCAUUAAUUUCUUUCCUUGUUUACGUAAAUCUGAAAGAUUGCAUGGUUUCUGUAUAGAAAUCGGUCUCGAUGCUGUGGAAGUAGUUUGAGGAAUUUCUAUGUUUUUUUUUUUUUUUUUUUUUUUAGAAUGUAAAUGGUUGUAGCCCGUCCGAGUUGAAAAACAAAGUAGAAAAAAAAAAACCAACAACAGAAAAAGACUGACUUAGCAAUCAGACUUCAAAGUGGCAAACCUAAUUCAGACUUGUUUAAAGUAACCAAAAAGUAUUUUUGUUGCCUAACUCCACCAGUCACACUGUGAUAUAGUCUCAAAGUAUGUAGCAAUAAUUGGGGGUCCCAGUAUUAUGUCUCACAGUGCCUUCUUGAGGGUCCAUGCUUGCCUUAAAUAUCUCUCAACCAAAUAAGUAUUUUUCUUAAUGCUUGAGAUAAUUUGAAUGUAGGGAUGGGUUUUUAAUUACAGCAAAAUUUCGCCACUCUUUAAUUUAUAGAAAUGGAGGCCAUCUUUGGAUCUGAAACUUUAUACAGUACAUGAACAUAUCUUGUUUAAUUUUUCAUUAAAUUCCAAAACUUGUGUAAUUUUUAUUUUUCCUUAUGUAGGGAGAGUCGGGAGUUUGCCAAAACUCUCCUGGACGGUGGAUGAAUGAACAGUAGCUUAGUUUUGUUUGUACAUAGGUACAGAUUGAGCACUAUGUACUCUUUUUGGACUACUUUAACAGAAGUAUGUUUUGAAUGUAACUAAAGGAUAAGUCAACUUGAGUUGUAAUAUAUUUUUCGGGAGUCAGUUCACUACAAAUUGUGUGAGACUGUAAACUUUGUACUGUAAAUGUUUUGUAGUUCUCCCAAUAAAAUCUUUUUGGAAAAAAAAAAAAAAAAAAAAAAAAAGGCCAAGUAACCCUCACACUGUUGAAGCCCCGUCUGCCAGGCAGCCAGUGUUUCUUGCUAAACACCAUCACCCCCCCCUGCUCCCCUCCGCUCCAGUCCCAAAUAAGUCUAGCUACAGAUUAACCAGUUUGCACGGCAACUCCAGUCCACUCCUUCAGCAAUCGCUGGUUGGCAGCCAAAGCUAAUAAAUGCUUCCAGAAGGUUCAGGAGUGUUAGUGGUGUGCUAUAUUCUGCUUUUUUUUUUUUUUUUUUUUUUUUUUUUUCCCCAAGAGGGUAAAGGAUCAAACCUUUGCUGUUCAUAGCUUAACAGCUGGAGUGGAAAAAUCCUAGUAAUGGCACUUAUCAAUCACAUUGCUUAUGGGGAUGCAUGAGCAUGUCAUUAGCCUUCCUGGCCUGUUUGGGGUAAGGAGGAAAUGGCAGUUUGGGUAAUAAAAGGCAUAAUUGAGGUUUACCCUUUGUCCCAAAAGCUUUGUUCCUCUUCACUUGCAGGAAUGUGGACUUCUGCCUCAUUGCUUCCAUCAGCUAGUUGAGGGUGUUAAUCAGGCUAGCAUUAAACUAGCAUUAAACGUGUUAAUCAGUUUUCAGGGAUUGGGUUCUAGACAAAUUACCUUUUGGAAAGUAUAUAACAAAAUACUUGGUAGCCCAGGGGCUGUGUGCUCAUUAAAACUGAAGGAAUUUUAGCUACUAACUCCAACAGCUUGGUCCCUUAUUUCAAUCAGUCCCUUAAACUUCAAGUUAUGAUUUCUACAGCCUUACUUUUGUUCCUUUGUCAUCCUAAUAAUAAAUGUUGUUAACAUUAUGGCAUCUGUCUGCUGCUUGGACUGCCACAGUACUUGCUAUAAAUACAAGGUAGAAUGUAAUAUCAGUGCCAUAUGUUUGUGUAACAAACCUUGGACUGACUCUUGGUUUAAAAUUAAAACAAACGUAAGCA